CGAAGUGAAUUGCUGCCAAUUGUUGAGGCUUGCCUUUGGAUUAUUAUUUUUUUUUUUAUUAAAUUGAUGCCGAUGCAUAUGCAGUAGUUUAAUGAAACGCAAUUGAAACAAGGUGUGCUGGCGCAAUGGAUCAGUUCUCGCACGACUUGACCCUCGCCCUGGAGGAGACCUCGCUCAUGGACAGGGCGUGCGGCGUUGGUAGGUGGGGCCCACGUCGAAGAACUCGAUCAACGGGUAAUUUGCCUUGUGCGCCGCAGCCAACGGAAGAUUCGUCGAGCAGUCCCACAGACACGUUAAAUGCACACGGGCAUGGCCACCAUCCCAGUGCGAAUGUGGAUGGCCUGGAAGCACACACACACACACAUACACACAAUACAAUGCUGCCGGCUAGCGACUCGGACGAGAAAGCCGAGGCAAUGCUGCCCCUCCGCUUGCCUGGUAAGACUCUCAACGCAGCCGCAGCUGCAGCUGUUCGCAUGGGAAUGGGAGCCCUCGAGUCGGACUCUUUGAACGAGACCAAUUUCAGUCCUGCUCGGUUCUACAAACCAAACUCGCGUCGGAAACGAAAGAUUAAGCGCAUGUCUAUGGAGUUUGAAUUCAGCAAGGAGACUAAUUUGGCGGUGUCACCGCACAGUUUCAUCGAGUCACCAGUGUAUCCGGGUAUGCUUAGCGCUGGAACUGGAACUGGCAACCCUGGAUGUGUCUCCAGCAGCACGAGCACAGUGCGUAAGCGUGUGCUCAAGACGGAUAGUGGCAAUCGCUCGAAUUUGUUUUUCUGUGGCAAGCGUAAGCGUUCCAACCGCGAUCGUUAUAAUGAGCACGAGCAGGGAGCAGGUGGCCUAGGUACCGGUAUCGGUACAUGUAGUGGAUCUAGUAAACUGCACUCUACGAGCAUGCCGCGUUAUACGCACAUGGAGGAAUAUCAUCGGAUGCGUCCACGAAGCUACUCAUCCACAUCAAAGCCACACAGCGACCGUCUGUUGCCGCUCAACAAGGGGCUGCUAUCCAAGAUCAAUCGCAUUGCGCAAUCGCAACCGCAACAAUCACAAAAGACUGACAAUACAUCAUCGAACAUGGAGCAGGGUCAGGAACUGGAACAAUGCCAAGCGCUGCCCAACACGGAUGCAGCCGAGCUGCAGCAGGAGCUCAAUGAGUGUGCGGCAGCUGCGGCUGUUGGUGACUUUAGCAUGGAAACGCUUGUGCCUGUCAGUGAUAUUGAAUCGCUGCUGAAUACGCCGAUGCCACCGGAAAAUGCUGGUGCGGAUUAUCAUGCUCAUCGCAACAAGUCUCACCAUGGUAGCAUCCACGGACACGGCCUAGGUGUCUUAAAGUCACACCGCAGACGCCGUUUUUGCCAGACACCGCAACCGUUACAGGUGCAGUCGAUGGACUGCAGCGAACUGUACGAUUUCCUCAGCUCCAGCUCGCUGAGCUCCUCAUCGGACAGCGAGGACGGCCAUCGGCGGCAUGACACUGAUCGCGAGGGUGACGACGAGCUCACCGAUUGGCCGGGCAAUGAGUUUGGACCAGGUGGCAAAUACGAUCCCAAACGUAAGCUGACCAAGAAAUCGUUGCUGCCACAAAUACGUUCUGACGACACCAUUGGGGAGGAUGACACGCUCAUGUCCGGCACUGAAGCAACAGCUACUACCACAUUCAUUGAGAGCUGCGCUGGCGGCACCUCACAGUCGCCCACGCAGCAGGAUGCACUCCAGGAUCUGUCCCGGUUUCAGCCGACGGCCUGCUCGGAGCCGAUUGAGAUUUGUGGAGGAGGCGCUAAUCGGAUCAAUCGCAGCGUUGGCCUUAACGUUGACGUUAACGUUUGCUUGGACAUGGAGAGCAAUAUGAACGGCAUGCCGCCCAUUAAGCAGAUCGAGAGCGAAAUGUCCGGUGAGACGUCGAAUCCAUUCCUCUCCUCGUCACCGCCCAUGCAAGUGCAGGAGGUGCGUGAGAUACGCGCCGGCUGUAGGCGCAUCAACGGCGACCGUCCAGGAUUCAGCAUCAAGCUAAGCGUUAACGAACGCCUGGCGCGCUUCCUGCAGGAUCCGCGCCAGACCCAAAUCCGGCUGCCGGACAUUGAGAUCUAUGAGCACGAUAGCCUUCUAAAUUUAUCCACCCUCUAUUCCCUCAACAUGAUCGUGGAGCACGGCUGCACGGUGCUAACCAAAACGAGAAACACAACGCAGUCUGUCCACGUUGAUCCGCAGCGCAGUCUGCAGCAGCGUCAGGGUCAGGGUCAGGAUCUCUUCAGUGAUUUCAAGCGGCGCUGCUACGGUGACAAUGGAGAAGACCCCAACUCUGAUAUCCCUGAUAUCCCUGAUAUCCCUGCUAUUCAUGCUGUCCAAGCUGUCCAUGCACCUACUGCUACUGCCGCUGCUGCCACCGCUGCUGCCUCCGAGCUGCUGCCCAAGAAAUGAAGUGAAUUGAAUCCAAUUACCAUCGCAAAAAUGCGACAUGCGACAUCACUCGGAAAUUCUAGGAGCUUCCUCGGGUUAAUUUGUGCAACUUUUAGCCUAUUUAUUAAGCUGCUUUUAAUGCGUUUGUAUAGUGUCGCUUUUUACGAGUUUGUAUGUACAUCGGUCUAUGUAUAUAUAUAUAUGUAUGUAGUAUCUACUAUAUAUCAACUAUAUUGUAUCUUGUUUAGGAGCAAGCGCAUGCGAGUCAUCCAUCAGAAUCGGUUGCCUCUAUUCCCCUAUGCCUUGACGUUGAUAUAUUUGUAUUAAUAUCUGAAGAAGGCACGGCUCUCUUUCUGCCAUAUGAGACAGACAGAGAGCAAAACGAGAUAGACAAAGAUGGAUAUAGAGGGCAAAUUGGGUGUGAAAUGUUAUUCGCCAUGCACUUGUCCCACUGUACAAAUAUUAUUAUUAUUUGAAACUUGUUCCAUAAGAGGAACUAUGGAAAUGCAUAUAAUUGAUUGUAUUGUGUAUGUGCACAUAAUUAUUAUAAUAAUUGUUUUAUAUAAAUACCUAUCAUAAACAUAUUUGUAAUUGGUGUAAUUGUAAUUAUACUCCAGAAAGUACAGUCCAGUACGUGUAAUUAUCUGCAGAAUAUAUAUUAUGAUGCUGAAACAGUCAUUGAUUGACUUUGAAAA